AUGUCCGCCAUCAACUACUCAAAGUGGGACGACCUCGAAAUCUCGGACGACUCGGAUAUCGAAUGCCACCCCAACGUCGAUAAGCGCUCGAUGAUCCGCUGGAAGCAGGAGCAGAUCCACCGUGAGCGCGAUGCUCGUCGCACCAAAAUCGUCGCCUUGAAACACGAGGCCGACACCCUCAAGAAGCAGCUUGACAGGAUAGAAAAGACUGCCCAGCAGCCCGACCUCGAGAAAAAGUACAACGACACCCUUGCUCAGCUCCAGAAACUUGAGUUGAUUGAAAACAAGAAGCUCACCUCCGACAAACUCGUCACUGGAUUCGACAAGACCGCUGUCACCAAGGCUGUCCAACCCCCCAAGAACGAAAAGCCAGCCAAAAAGGUCGUAGAAAAGACAAAGGUCAUCGAGACACUGAACCCUGGCAGCACCGGUGGAGUUCCGGCACCAAAGGGCAAGAAGGCAUCGGCGCCUGCACCAGUAGAGGAUGAUGAUUCAGACUCGGAGGAUGAUGUCGAGGUGACAGAGGUCGCCCUUGGCUUUUCUCGUAUCAAAGGAUUGGACGCCUCCCUCGCCUACAUCUCCAAGCACCCAUACCUCAGCACCCAAAAGUACUCUGAUGAAAUCAUGGCUCAAGCCUUCAAGGCUCAGAUGGACGGCGACGAGGCUUAUGCCAACACCUGUGUCCACCAGGCUCUUAUCCUUCAAUACUGCGCCCAGCUCGGCAAGGACGGUGUUGGCCUCUUCUUCCACCGCAUUCGUGACCCUGGACACCCUGCACUCAAGAUUUUCCAGAACGACUGGAAGGAUACGUACACAAGGAUCAAAGAGCGCUGCAAGGUGCUUGCUCAGGAGCGUGCUGUCAGUGGAGGACCUGGUGUCGAGACUAUCCAGCUCCAGGCCGCUGACCCCGGCACUCAGAUUCACAUCACUGGACCUCCCGAGGACGCAGACCCCAAGGUGCACGAGAUUUUUGCUGCUUUGCCUGAAGAUUUUCAGGAGGCCAUUCUUUCUGGAUCACUGGACAAUGUGAACAAGUCGCUGGAGGGUAUGAGCGUCCAGUUGGCAGAGGAGGUUGUGCGCGUGUGCAACCAGGUUGGAUUUUUGAGCAUUGAGGGCGAUAUUAUUGAUACAAUCAAGGGAGAGACUAUUGCUGACCGUCAGGCAGAGAUGGCUGCCGCCGCCGCCGCAGCUGCCUCCUCCGAGGGUGACCAGGCAUAA